AGACGCGGGACACGUGACAGCCUGACGUAAGGGCGCGCGGCAUCCUGGGAUGUGUAGUCUGGCCCGGAGUGGGACGCCCCCUCGGAUGAAUGGGGCCCGAGCUGACUGCGAGCUACACCCUUCAGCCGGCAGCGUUGGUGGCGGCCGCCGGGGAAGGGGAAAUCGCGGCGGCCCGUGGAGAGAGCAGCGCCCCAGGACAGUGGCGAUGUUCUGUGCAGCAGCCCGGCUUCCUGGGGUAGCGGUCUAGGCGGGCGCUUCCUCUACGCGCUCGCUCCCCUUCCCCCGCACCGGCCAUGCGCGCGGCCAUCGCGGUGGGCCUGGUGUUCGCAGGCUGCUGCAGUAACGUGAUCUUCCUAGAGCUCCUGGCCCGGAAGCAUCCAGGAUGCGGGAACAUUGUGACAUUUGCACAAUUUUUAUUUAUCGCUGUGGAAGGCUUCCUCUUUGAAGCUGAUCUGGGAAGGAAGCAGCCAGCUAUCCCAAUAAGGUACUACGCUGUGAUGGUAACCAUGUUCUUCACGGUCAGCGUGGUGAACAACUAUGCGCUGAAUCUCAACAUCGCCAUGCCCCUGCAUAUGAUAUUUCGAUCUGGUUCUCUGAUUGCCAACAUGAUUCUAGGAAUUAUCAUUUUGAAGAAAAGAUACAGUAUAUUCAAAUAUACCUCCAUUGCCCUGGUGUCUGUGGGGAUAUUUAUUUGCACUUUCAUGUCAGCAAAGCAGGUGACUUCCCAGUCCAGCUCGAGUGAGAAUGACGGAUUCCAGGCCUUUGCAUGGUGGUUACUAGGUAUUGGCGCACUCACUUUUGCUCUUCUGAUGUCAGCGAGGAUGGGUAUUUUCCAGGAGACUCUAUACAAACAAUUUGGGAAACACUCCAAGGAGGCUUUGUUUUAUAAUCACGCCCUUCCACUUCCUGGUUUCAUCUUCUUGGCUUCUGAUAUUUAUGACCAUGCAGUUCUGUUCAAUAAGUCUGAACUCUAUCAAGUUCCAGUCGUUGGCGUGACAGUGCCCAUCAUGUGGUUCUACCUCCUCAUGAAUGUCUUCACUCAGUACGUGUGCAUUCGGGGUGUCUUCAUCCUCACCACAGAAUGUGCCUCCCUCACCGUCACUCUCGUCGUGACUCUACGCAAGUUUGUGAGCCUCAUCUUUUCCAUCCUGUACUUCCAGAACCCUUUCACUCUGUGGCACUGGCUGGGCACCUUGUUUGUCUUCAUUGGGACCCUGAUGUACACAGAGGUGUGGAACAACCUAGGGACCACAAAAAGCCAGCCUCAGAAGGAGGACAAGAAGAACUGAGGUCUCCCUGGAAUAGAGAGACGAGUGUCAUUGUCGUGAGCGAGGGUCUGGCCACCAUUUCUCUCCUAUUAAUGCUGACUUACCCCCCAGUGUUGAACCAGCCAGGUACUAGAGAAACCUCAGGAGGAGGGGACUUCUCAGAUUUCUCAUAGCUCUACAGACCAACAUUGGUGGACUCCCAGUAGAAACUCCUCAACCCUGAAAGAGAAAAAAGAAGUCUCUACUGCUGAGCAGCCUGUUCACUUGUUAUGUCUGUCUUGUUUACCGAACUAUUCAAUACUGCACUUGUUUGUUGAAUUCUGAGCUCCCAGCACUGCUAGUUUUAUAUCCGUGGUCUCGGAAAAGAUUAGCCCUUUUGUUGCUGUUCUGAUGAUUCUCUGCCGUAGCAGUCAUUAUCUUCCUGUGACCUUGUCCCUUUGUCCUGUCAGCUUUCCACUCCACAGCAGCGUUUCGCAGUCAGUCGGACGCUCCAGGCGUCAUCGUCAGGAACGACUGAGUGGCCAGGUGAACUGAGACACCGGUGAUAUUGGGGUUGGACUUUCUCCAGCUUGUUGGGAAAGAAGCAGUGGUCUCUGUGAGCCGAGCCCUGGUGACACUGGAGCAAGACUGGUGGGAACUCUUUCCCACAUUUUGCUUUUUUCUUUUCCUAUGCAAAAGUCAUAUGCUUUCACAUCUGCUGUUCCCUGUGCUUAGAACAAACCUGCAGCAUAUCUCUAUGCAGUGUUAAUAAGGAGGAAAGGCUGUGUGUGAAUUGGGAAAGAGAGACUUUUUCCCUCCGUCUUCUACACGAAGCCUCUGAGCCUAGAGCUGAGCUGAUGACGCCAGGAUGGCCCCGGAGAAGCUGGCCCUGGUGGGUCCCCAGAGAGCCACACCUUCCCCCUUGGACCCAGCCGGGCACUCGCAGGGCUGGCUCCAGGUCGGGAGGUUAAGUCUUCGGCUUCUUAACCAAGGAGAUUCAGCUCCGAGUGGCAGCUCUGAUAGAUUCAUGACCAGCCAGGCUAAUGAGGGGACUAAUAGGUACAGUGGGUGUGGGUGUGGUGUAGCAAUCAAGUCAAAUCACAACUAAAAUGGGAAGUUUUUCUUUUUUUCCUAUAGGUUUCUUACUAUUCUUGAAUGGGUAUUUGUGGGGGUAGGGGGUUGUAUGUGUUUUAUUAUUCAUAGAAACAUGCCCCCCUUUUGCUCAUCAUUUCAAAGGUCUGGUUUUUCUCCCAUGGGAUACUUUUGAGAAAGAGGACCGAUGUCAGUGUAGUGUGUGUAGGCGUGUGUGCUCUCGUGUCAUUUGUGUGUGAUCACUCUGGAGAAGAGCAUGAAAAUCAGGUUUCUCUUUCCUCUCUUUUCACUCAGCUCUGGGCCUUUGUUAACGUCACACAAGUACCUGCUGUUUGGUAGGCAGUUAAUUAACAGCCACUCUCUCUUUGCACACAGACAAAGGCCUUUCUCUUUGUGCUGGGUGCAGAUUGCCAUCUUAAAUCGAGCCGUGGCUUCCAGGUCCCCGGUUUGGUUUUGGGGGGGCGGUACUAUUUCUCCAUCUAAGUCACAGGGUUUUUAGACCAAUUUGUUGUUCUGGAUGUUGACAGCUUUCCAGUGCCCGUAAGGGUCUACCCUAAAAGAUGCUGAAUUAGGUGUGAACCCAUUCACGGAAUCAAAAGGUACUUUCUGUGAAGUAUGUGGAGCUCCUCAGACUGAUGGUGCUAGAAAUAACGCGUGUUAAAUACCCCCUUAAAAACAAAAACAACAAAAGCUACUUUUCUUAUGGCUUAGUAGAAGAAUCUGUCCCUAUGGGCUGUUUGAUUGCUACAUAUCUGAGGUCUUCACAGGAUAAUUCUUAACAGGAUAGAGCCUUACAUAACAUAGUUAUCACUCUUUUUAUGUUGAUGGGAAAUAUUAGAAUUUUUAGUAAUUGAAAUACGUCGAUGUACACAGUCAGCAUUUUCUUGGUCCAUUAGAUUUCAGAUUCUGGUUUUAGAAAGUGUGUGUUCCUCUAAGUCUGAACGCCUCUGCUGGUCUUACUAACAAGAGGUUAUGUAUGGACAGAGUAGGGCACUCAUACAAUGAAAUGAACCCCUGUGAGAACAGAAUGUCUUAUAUGCCCUGGGAAUUGAUUCUUCUCUCUAGUGGUAGGAUAUAAGUAAAUAUGUCUAUUGGAUAAUAGUUAAUACUUUUUUCAACUACUUUUUUUAACCAUUUAUUCCCCUUGAAUAACUGGUUUUUUGAUCCAGGUUGAAACUGAUUUCAACCUUUAUUAAAGGGGCAAAUAAACCCUUUUGUCAGGAUCAGACUCAUACAUAACUGGAGGAGAAAUGUCUAUUAAAUGCCUCUCCUUUUUCUCUGGAUCAAGACCAUGUAACUUUGUGCCCCAGAGAGAGAAGAUAUAGUUUGUUUACAAAAGAGAUUGAUGUUUAAGACAUCCAAACUCUACCCUUAGAGCAAAGAUCGAAUACCAGAUGACACUAGCCACAAAACGUAGUGUGUGUGCGCACGUGUGUGUGCCCCUUGUGCCCAGCUUGACCAGUGUCAUUGAUAAGGUAACAGGAGAAAACAGUGGAUAUUUGAAUUGUAUUAAUUUCAUUUCUACAUAUACUUUAUCACAAUUCUUUUGUCGCAUUAUAAGUGCUAGCUUUUUCAUUUUUUAUUAGUAAUUUAUUUUUGAUCCUUUAUUUUCUUUUUCAUCUAGCUAAAACAAUCAUUAAUGCACUUGACAAGUUUCUGUCAAGCUCUAAAGUAUUUAGACCCAAUCCAAAUAGUUUUUUUUCCCUUCUUCCUGCCCAGUUAUCCAAAAUGGAAUGCUACCGUACUUUAAUUUGGUCAGUGGGACAAGUGAAGAUAAGCCAUGAAAGUGGAGUUGAUCUGUGCCACUCCCAGCAAACCUCUUCUAUUCUGGGAAGAUCAUCUGACGUUGUUAAAGGAUUCUAAUGUCUUGUGGUCAUUUCCUAGGCAUGUUUCCUCCCUUCUGCCCUAUUUUUUCACUUCCUAACCCCGCCCUGCACUGUCUUCACUGCAGCCUCCCUUCACUCCUGUAGUUUUCUCCUUGCGACACCGAUAAUCUUGUAUCUGUUUAUGCCUCUGUUCUUUGGGGCUCUGGAUAUUUUUGUGGAUUUUUACAGGAUAUUUUUACCUGUGUAGCAUGUAUUUUAUUAUACAUUGUUUUAAACAUUGAUAUUAGGAGUGUGUGUCUAUAAGGAUGAGAAUAUCUGGCAGAGUAUGUAAAUAUAUGUGUAGAUGAGUAUGAACAUGAUGGAUUGAUGUAAAAAUAUGUAUAUAUUCUGUUACAGCUCAAAGUGGGACUAAGAAUCUUUACCACUGGUCCCUUGUAUAUUUGGAAAGCAAUAGUUUUCUUAUUUUGCUCUUUUUACCUUACCUCUAGCCAACUUCACUCAACAGUACCAAAUGCCUGUGGUGAGGGGGAGUGGGAAGCACGAGGUCAGGAAUAAUUCUAAACCAAUGAGUUAGCUCUGGGCUGGUGGGCAUACUCCUCGGUGGGCCGUCCAACAUAUUGGAAAAUGUCGCAAAGACCUGAGCAGAUAGACAAUUACACAUCGAAAAGAACCGCAUCAUCAAGAUCUGAAAUCAGGAGCCUACGUUUGUUGUAAUUUGUUUCUCUUUGGCUUGGAGUAAAUGAAAUUAUGAGUAAUUGUGCCCUUAUUAGAUAAACAGAGCAUUUUAGUCUCAAUAGCUUUAUCCUAAAAAAUGUGAGUGGAACUUACCUGUGGCAGUUCACUCUUAGGCUGAAAAGAACUGUCAAUAUAGAAAAAAUCUAUUAUUACUGAUUGGCGUGACAUCUGAAAAUGAGUAUAGACAAUAUUUGUAAGUAAAAGAACUAGUCAUAAGUAUUGGGAUAUGUUCAGUACAUCCCAAGCUGGGGUGGGAGACUGUAUGUGUUCUCUCUUUCCAGCAGCUUCCUCACAGUAGGCACUGCAGAGAAGGGAGGGACCCGGGAUCAUGUCUUAGUCAGUUCUGUAUUACCAGCCCCAGCACAGUGUCUGACUUGCAUCUCAUGAAUAAAUGAAUGGCCCCCAAGAUCUCUUAUUCCUUCAAGUUUCUGAGAAACCUUCUAAUGGUUCCUGAUAUCUCUUCUCACUUUUCAUCAGCUGGUUGGCAAGAAAGCAGAUAAGAGGAAACAUUCCUAAGAUUCCAAGCCAGAGAAGGAAUAGAGGACAGACAUCUAGGAUUGCUUGGGUCUGCAGCUUUUUGCUCUCUGAUUGCCUGAUGGUAGGGGAAAGAGCAUUAUAUAUUUAGCACUUCACAUCAUUGGUGCUCAGUGCAAGGAGAGGCCUAUCAGGGCAGCAUUAAAGAUUCCUAAACGUGUUUGAGGUAGGCUGCCUGGGGUGACCCUACAUCUCCGUGGCGGGUGUCGUUGGUUUGUAUCGCCUGAUGCCUGGAGUUCACCGUCUCUUAGUGUCAUACUGAGACACUUCCCCUGAACUUUACCUACUUAAAUCGCUGACCAUCCUGCCAAAUGUCCUCAAUGUUAAUCACGUAAGGCAAGCUGCAAGGGUACCAGAGAUAGCUGGUGGGGGAAGCGUGGUCUAUGCCAGAAGAAAUAAGACCCAUAGUUUUUAAGGAAAAAGUUGUAAUGAUUCCUUGGCACGUUGAAUUAUUUGUAUCUUGAGAUGUAAAGAAGACUCCUGUGAACGAACGAGAGAAGCAGUAGUUAUUCCCCAGCGCAAUAAAAAUGUCUUUGUGUAUCACUUGCAAUCA